ACAUAAAAAUGGUAGCUGCUUAAAUCGAGUCUAUAUAGUAAAUACUUUUAAUAAGUAAAUAAAUAAUAAGUACUUUAGUCUGCCUAUUUAAAUUAAUGUCCUAAAAAUUUAGUAAAAAAAAAAUGUUUUUUGCUUCGAUUUCAAUGUUUUUUGUUGUUAUUCCAAUUACUGCAUCAUACCAAAGCGGUGAAAAGGUUUUGAUGUAUGUCAAUAAAGUGGGACCAUAUUUUAAUCCUCAAGAAACUUAUCAUUAUUACUCUCUUCCAAUUUGUCGCCCAGAUAAGGUUGAGCAUCGAAGUUUAACUCUUGGAGAAGUAUUAGAUGGAGAUCGCAUGGCAGUUUCAAUGUAUGAUAUAAAAUUUAAACAUGACAUAGAGAAUGCUAACGUAUGUACAAAAUCUAUGAAUGAAAAAGAUAUUGAACAACUCAAGCAUGCUAUUGAAGAUCUUUAUUACUUUGAGUUUAUACUAGAUGAUCUUCCUAUUCGAGGUUUUAUUGGUCAUCUUGAAGAGGGUGGUUUUCUACCACACAAGCAUAAAAUUUUUCUUUGGACACAUCUUAACUUUCAUUUUCAGUAUAAUGGUAACCAGAUUAUAGCAGCCAAUGUAUCAACUGCAAACACUUCCCCAGAGCUUUUGGAUGAAAUAACAGUUUAUCCUAAAAAUGUAUUAUUUACAUACUCUGUUAAAUGGACUGAAACAAGCUUACCCUAUUCAGAAAGAUUGAGCAAAAGUGAAGCUGGAGGGUUUUUUCCUAAAACAUUAGAGAUUCACUGGUUAUCAAUUUUAAAUUCAUGUGUUCUGGUUUUUCUUUUGAUUGGGUUUGUUGUGAUAAUUUUGAUGAGAAUUUUGAAAAAUGACUUUGCUCGAUAUAAUCUUCCUGAUGAAGAAGGUAUGAAUGAUUUAGAUCAAGAUGAUUAUGGUUGGAAAAUUAUUCAUGCAGAUGUUUUCCGAUUUCCUGUUAAUCGCACACUACUUUGUUCCAUACUUGGAAAUGGUUCUCAGUUUCUAGCAUUAUGUUUUGGCAUAAUCAUUAUGGCUUUAUUGGGAAUGUUCAAUGUACACAGGCAUGGUUCAAUGAACACCGCUGCUGUUCUUCUUUAUGCACUAACAUGCUUUAUUUCAGGCUAUGUGUCUAACAGCAUGUACAAGCAAAUUAAUGGAAAUAAUUGGGCUUGGAAUCUUAUACUUACUGCCUCGUUGUUUGGAGUGCCAUUCUUUGCUAUUUGGUCAAUUGUAAACUCUAUAGCUUGGUACUAUCAAUCUACACAAGCUCUUCCCUUUACAACUGUAUUGUUGCUUGUUUUAAUAUGGCUUCUAGUUGGGUUUCCAUUAACAAUUGUUGGUGGUAUAUUUGGAAAAAAUUGGACUGGAGGAUUUGAUGCACCAUGUAGAACAAAAAAUAUUCCAAGAGAAGUGCCAUCAGUUCCAUGGUAUCGAUCGGUUCCUGUUUAUAUGGUUGUUGGAGGUUUUUUACCAUUCAGUGCAAUAUCUGUGGAACUUUACUAUAUAUUUACUACUCUUUGGGGAAGAGAUCAGUAUACAUUGUAUGGAAUUUUGCUUGUAGUAUUUAUUAUGUUAAUAAGUGUAACUGCAAGUAUAUCCAUUGCGUUAACUUACUUUCAACUUGCUGCUGAGGAUUAUCGCUGGUGGUGGAGAUCUAUUGUUAGUGCAGGAUCUACUGGUUUAUUCGUGCUUGCUUACGCAUUUUUUUAUUUUUACAAACGUUCAAACAUGUAUGGAUUUCUACAGAGCGUUCAGUUUUUUGGCUACACUUUACUUGCAUGUUAUAUAUUUUUUCUCAUGCUGGGCACUGUGAGUUUCUUUGCCUCACUCAAGUUUAUUAAAUACAUAUACAGGAAUAUCAAAAUGGACUAAUUCAAAAAUAAAUUUCAUUUAAGUUUUAUUUUUGUUUUGUUGCAAUUUACGAAAGCAUUGUUAACCAAAUCCUUGCUGAUCAAAUAUGAAGAAAUGACAAUUAAAAAUUUUCUAUAAACUUUUUAAGUUAUCUUUGGGAAAAAAAAAGGAAUAUAACUAAUUAAAACUG